AUGGUAAAAAUGGUAAAAAUGGUAAAAAUAGUAAAAAUGGUAAAAAUGGUAAAAAUGGUAAAAAUGGUAAAAAUGGUAAAAAUGGUAAAAAUGCCACAAAUGAUGAAUUUUUCCUGACGAAGAAACAUUUCUUGACAUCCUUACGUUUGAGUUUCUACAAUAUUCGAAAAGGUGUACCCUCAAUUUGUUCCUCACUGCAGAAAAUACAAUCAACUUUCGAACGAAACGAACUGACGACAGUUAGAGUUGAAGCUUCAUACUUUAACACUAAACGUACCGGCAUUUUACAUAAGGGGUCAAAUGACCCCUCGCAGUACAUGCAAAGAAUUUUUCUCGAUAAAAAAAUAAGCUAAGAAAGAAACAGAAAACGAGAAAUUGAAUGAUCAGAUAAUAUAAGAAUUUGCAAAAAGUCAGAUUAGCGAGAGAAAUAACAACGAAUGUACGAUUUUAAAGUAAAUUUUGAAAAGGGGCCAUUUGAUCCUGCUUAGUACGUUAAAGUAUAACCAAGUGAAUCGUUUACAAUUUUUUUUUUUUUUUUUUUUCCUCUUACGAAUCGUCACGUAAUCUUUCUCUUCUGCGAAAGUUAUAUCGAAUUGAAAUUUUUAAUAUUCGUGAUCUCGUAUAUUUCAGCUUGUAGCUCACGAGAGGCGACUGUCAACUUCUGCCUCGCGAACAAUGGCCGCAAUGAGUUUAGGAUUCAUUGUUAUGGUCACACCAUGGACGAUUCAGGAAGUUGUUGUAGCUUGUACCGGAAGCAAGCCACCGCCAUUCCUCGACUUCCUUGCCACGUGGCUCGCGCUUUCCAACAGCUUCUGGAAUCCGUUCCUCUAUUGGCUGCUCAACAAUCACUUUCGCCGUAUUUCAAGGGAGCUACUCCACACUAAGGCGAUUUGUCUCUGGUCGUCAUUAAGAUCGUUAACUGUAGAAAUACACACUUUGAUCAACAAGCAUAAUCGAACAGCAUCGUGUUGCUCCUUCGAGAUGCAAGCAAAUCUUUGGAAACGAGAAGAUUUAUUAAAUCGUUGA